UCCCGACCACCUCUCUACCUUUCUCUUUCUAUCAAAGACGAUAAAAACAACUUGAAGUUGUUCGAAAGCGUAUACACGCAUAUAUUUACUACAAUACAAGCCUUGCACUGCAUAGCUAGAAAAUAUUUGAUCUGAGCUUGCUCAUCUACGCCACUCAAAAGACAACUCAAACGAUCAUUACAAUUAGAAUCCUAAACAUCUUGAAGCAUUUCCAAAAUGUCUCGCAAUCUAAAGCAAAAGUUUACAACCCCGGUCAAAAAGACCAAGACCGCCCAGCGCCGCCGUCGGGUCUCCGACACUCCUUCUGCUUCUUCUCUGGACCUCUCCGAUGAUGGCGGCUACUCUGCCGUUGAAGAUAUUAGCGACUCUUCAGACGACGAUGAGGAUGAUGUUGCCGCGGCCGAGGAGGAGAACAUCCUAGAGGAAACUCAUGUUCCCCCCACCCCACCACAAGCUCCUCGGCCGCAACCGACUAUCGAGGAGGAUGACGAAGAAGAAGAGGAGGAAGUGGAACAGGACGACGAUGAGCAGGAGGGUCUGGAUAUUGAGGAUGAUGACGCUGCUAGCUGGGGAGGCAUCGUUACGGACGAUGAGGACCAGCCUGACGUCUACCAAGACGCCAAUAUCUUUGGUGAGGAGCCUAUAGAGCGCCACGUUCACUUCGACGUGCCCUCCAGCGACUCUGACUCUACCGACACCGAGGAUGAGAUUCAGGGUUUCUUCCCAGAUAUCUUUGUUUCUCAAAACAACUUGGAUCCUGCUUUCCGUCGUGAGAUUGAGAACGAUCCUAAUGAGUCUUCCGACUCGGGAUCUUUCUGGGACUUCAAUAACCAGUACGGCGAGCAAGAUGAUGACUCGGAUGCUGAGGAAAUCUUCCGACAAAUCGACGAUGACACCCCUAUUGCCACUCCAAUGGCCUCCCAGCCAGCCACUGCUGCCUCUACCCCUCAGCCCAUUCCCUUUGGCUUUGAGGAACCCACAGAGCUGGAUGGCUACGAGACUGAUGGUGAUACCACCGAAGAAGAUGAACCCGAACCCAUUGUACGAAGGAAGACUCGACGCCCUUCAAAGCCUAUGAGCGACAUUUCCGACUCUGACGCCGACAGCCCGGUCAAGGCCGAGCGUGGCCAGCCCCGUUUGGGACGUUACAACCUUGACCGUUCCGACAAGAAGCCAAUUGCUGUCCUCAACCCCGUCACCGGAAAGAUGAUGAUCUUCACUCCUCAUCGACGCCACCAACUCGACCUCUCCCCCGAACAAUUUAACUUUCCCUGGGGUACUGAGGGGCCUGAGUCACCUAUCAUGAGCAACUCUGCAAACCUGAUGCUCAGCGCCAUGUUCUCCUCCAACACUUUCGGUGACUUCUUCAAUACGGCUCAGGUUAUGGGGCCCGCUGAGGCUUUCUUCCCCUUCCCCUCUGAACCCAAUACCGCCGACGAGAGCUCAACCGCGCCUAGCUUGCAGGAUGAGGAGGAAGAAGACGCUGAACUCAAUCUGGACCUCAACGACUUCAUCGCCUGGGAGGAAAAUGACUCUUCUGGCGAUGAAGAGGGCGACAACUGGGAUCCCGCAUCAACACCUGCGCGACCCAGCACAGCUACCAGCGAGAAGCAGGCUCAUGGCCACAUCAAUUCCGAGACUGUCGGAGCUUUCCGCCGUAACCAAAUUAACCAGCAGCUCAUCCUGAGCAACCAGGCUACCCAGGACUCGCUCGCAUUCAGCGGCCCCUAUAACUACACCGCACUCAAGGGUCUCAAAUCAGACCGCUUCGACACAGCUGCUAUCCCCCUAACACCCGCUCGCCGCCACAAGAGGCAGAUGAGCGACGCCACGCGCAGCCCCCUUGAAUCAAUGUCUCAAAAACGCAAGGCAACCACCGAAGCUGGCAACGGCCAUAAGAGGCACAGAAGCAUCUCGGAUGUGAACUAUCUCCACAUCUAGUGCAAUGCACACCCACAAAAACGUACGAGGACGGCAUAGCCUACUGCCGCUAUCCCUGGCCUCGACACUACUCUCUCUUUAACAAUUUUUCCUUGGUUGUUUUCCUUUGGGUUGAAUGGAAACCCUUGUCUACAGCGUGCUCGGCCCCCUCCCCCAAGGGACAGGGACGAUAUUUUCUUUGGAGAUGAUACCCCAGCAGCUCCAGCCCGGUCGAAAAGCCGGGUGAGCGUAUCGGAGGAAUCAGCGAUUCGCCUUUUUGUACCUGUAAUGGUCAAUCAGGUGGUCGGGCAGGUAUUUGCUCUGCGAGCGAACCUGCAUGGGACAAACAAAAAAGUCUAAUGCCGCUAAUGGUUUGAUGGUCUUGAUGUCGGAAAUGGGCAAAAAGUUAUCAAUUGUCUUUCGUUACUGGUGUUUUCAUCCAUGGGUCUAGAGGUAGAUAAAAGCCGCGACCAAAAUUUCAUUCAGUGUUCUCAAUAA